UUUCCAAAAAGAAGAGCAACCGGAAGUCUCUCUGAAUAAACAUUGCUGUGCCGACAAAGGAGACUUAUUUGGAGUCGCUUCAACAAACAGCGACUUCUGACUACUUGGAAAAAUCCAUGACAGUUCUUUAAAGGUAAAAUCCUAAAGAGGUGUGAUGGACAUCAGCAUCGCCGUCUCCCUCAUCCGGGGCCAGAUGGGCGCGGUGGUGGAGCAGGCCGUCAACGGCGCUGUGGAGACGGUGCUGGCCGAGAUGCUUAAAGUGGUGGGCGUGAAGUUCGAGGAGCUGAAGGCGCAGCUGGCGCACAUGAAGCGGGACGUGGUGGCGCUGCAACGGGAGAAGGCCCUGAAGGAGAAGGAGAAUGACAACAUCCGAGCCAAGCUGCGCUACACCGAGCUCAAGCUCAAGUACUACCGGCAGGGGGUGGAGGAAGAGCUGCAACACAGAGCCUCCAGCAGCUCUUCACUGGUUCGCGGCCAUCCAUCCAAGCUCUCUCCAGGGCAGACAGGAGGUGCUGGCAUCUCCUCUACUGGAGCUUCACCAGCGUGCUCCUCUCAGACCUUGGUGGUUGAUGAUCCAGCAGUGAGGAGCACCCGAGAGUGCACCUCUCCUCAAAGAGCGAGCCAGCACAACAACAAAGCGGCGGCCGUGUUUGAGUCGGCCGACAGCUUGUUGGCCGUCUCGCUCCCCGUGAGCACGGAAGCCCUGGAGAGUUCAGACCAAGACGUUCCUCAGGAGAACGACUGGAACGUCACCGUGCACGACGCCGCCGUGGCCCCGCCUCCUGCGCAGACACUGACGCAGCAGUCAUCCACCGUCCCACCGCAGGCUGACAGCUCCACCGCUCAGGUGAAGAUGGAGGAGGAGGAGGAAGAGCAACAGGUGAUUUGUAUCAAGGAGGAGCCAGAGGAAGAGCAGGAAGUCAUGUCAUGCCUCCUGCUGGACGAUCAGAUGAACCACGGCCACAUGGCCCAGUCGGAGAUGUCGGCGACACAGCGGUUGGCACUUGAAGCGUGCCAGAGGAAAUGCUCCUCAGGCUUCAGCUCAGCCGGACCACCGACCUCCUGUGAAUGUGGCGUCUCAGCCGGCCACCUCGUUGCCCCCCAUCGCUCCCAUGCCCCCCGGCCUCCCUCGAGAGAUGGUGCGCGGGCCGUGGACCAAAGACCUCAGCUUGUACGAAGAGUACAAACUACGGCGGAACGAGCUGCGCCGGCGAAGCCUCAACCGACGGCGCGAGCUGGAGAAGACGCUGCCUCAGCCUCUGCUGGCCGACCUGGUACGGGAGCGCAGAGAAAAGACCAGACUGAGGGUGGCCAGAUGGAGGGCGAAGAGGAAACUACAGGCUUGUCUCAACCAGGUUCAGACUCAGGGUGGCGCCGUUGCUCUCUCCCAGACGGCUUUCCCUGUCAGGGGUCCUCAGCAGCACAGAGAUCCUCGUGUUCCCACUUCCUCCUCCCUCAACAAUGUGGUCAUCUCGGCGGUCACGACCUUCCCCUUCGUCACGCCGUCGGCACCCUCGCUGCUCCUGAGGGGCCCCGAUGCCGCCCAGGUCAAUCAGCACGGCGUGUUGUCAUCUUCCGCCACCGCCUCCUACCCGCAGGUUGGCCUAGCACAGCAGAGCGUGUCGCUGGCGGACGCCAACCCCUCCGGCUUUAGCGGUCCCUUGUGAGAAUCCGGCCUGGGUUUCACCACAAAGAUACCUUGCGGUGGAUAAGACGUGUGUGUUUUGGAUUUAUCUUUAUUUAGGAUGUGUUUGAUUGAAGACAGGAAAAUGGAAAGAAGAAAAGUCUUGAUUGGCUUCCUGUUUAGUUGUGCGCUGGUGGCACAAGUAACACCCACCCCGAACACUCUACAGCAGGGGUCGAGAACCUUUUGGCUCUGGUCAAAAGGGUUUGCUGGGCAGAAUUAGCUAGCAGACUAUUUGAUUAAGGGAGGGAAGUUUACUUUUCGACCUCUCAAUGACCCGGGUAGGCUGCCGUAUUAUCCAAUAACAAAGUUUAGGUGUCUGACCUGGAAAGAUAUGAAAGGACAGCUUGGCAAUGGCUCUGGCCACCCACGCUGCGAUAGCAAAUGUUUUACUUUAAAAUGUGAUCGUGUUAAGAAAUGUCUUGAGAGCCAGAUCAUAGGGUCCGUACCGCUGCUCUACGGUAAUCCCUCACCACUUCGCACUUCCAAUUUUGCGUCUUGACUCUAUCACGGUUUUCCAAAAAUAUAUUAAUUCAUAAAUCA